AUGAGCGGAAAGACGACGAAGGUAGAGGCCAGAAUCGCUCCCUGCAAUUUCCAGUUCUUGAAGGCCGGUCGAGGGUUUCGCGGGGCUCAGUCGGGCACCGUAGAGGAAGAACAGGAUGAAGAUGAGGACGGUGACACCAUGCUUGACGACGGGUACUGCAGACCCAGUGGCAGGAAGCAUCGAUCCAAUGAUCGCCGUCACCACAAUGGCGAGGACGAACCCGUCAAUAGGCUGAGCAUGGGCUGUUUAUCGCAGAGGGGCGCCAAGGUCAUCCGGCGCGCUUGUGAAGCUGGCUACCCACCGCGGUCCUUCUUACUGGCUCCUCGCUGGAUUGACGGUUUACGGGAUCUCUUCGACGGCCUCGACGUCGAGGUAUUCGUCGUCUCCGAGACCCUGGCCGAGCAGGUGACCGGGUUCCACGUCCACCGCGGCGCCCUGGCUUCUAUGUGCCGUCAGACUCGUUGGAAGCGCCGCUGA